UGGGGCUGUGGGAGACAGGCCGCGGGUUCUGCGGCUGCUGCCGCCGCCGCCCCCUCCUCGGCCCUGCCGCGCCUGUCAGCCGCCGUCGGGGGUGUCGAGGGGAAGAGGCCUCGCCCGCCCCGUCCCGCGGGGCUGAGGGGGGCGAGACGGGGCCCCGCCUGGCUCCGGGAAGGGAACUUUGCCCCGUCUCACCCACGCUUGUGUUGGAGAAAGCGCUCUCCUCUCCCUGCCUCGAAGAUCUUCAUGUAACUGGCUGAAAAAUGGUUCCGCAAGAUGACAGCACCAACUCUAACACUGUUAAAAUGGAGACUGUCUUCACUUUGACAUGAUGUGUGAAGUUUGUUAGCAUUUUUUGAUUCUUUUUUUACAGUUAUUGUGGAAGGUUACAAAUGGUGUGGGUUUUUAUCAUGAAUCGAAUGAGCUCCCAGAGCAGUUCAUACACUCAGCGUAGGCGAAUGGCUCUAGGAAUUGUCAUUCUUCUCCUUGUUGACGUGAUAUGGGUUGCCUCUUCAGAACUCACUUCUUAUGUUUUUACAAAGUACAACAAACCUUUUUUCAGUACGUUUGCAAAAACAUCCAUGUUUGUUCUAUACCUCUUGGGAUUUAUUGUUUGGAAACCAUGGAGGCAACAGUGUACUCGUGGGUUUCGUGGAAGGCAUGCAGCUUUUUUUGCAGAUGCUGAAGGUUAUUUUGCUGCUUGUACAACAGAUAACACUGUAAACAGUUCUCUGAGUGAACCUUUAUAUGUUCCUGUAAAGUUUCAUGAUUUGCCAACUGAAAAAAAUGGCAGUAAUAAUAGUGAUGCAGAGAAAACUCCCAAAAAGCCUCGUGUAAGGUUCAGUAAUAUUAUGGAGAUUCGACAACUUCCAUCGAGCCAUGCAUUGGAAGCAAAGUUGUCUCGUAUGUCAUAUCCAACAGUUAAGGAGCAGGAAUCAAUAUUAAAAACUGUAGGAAAACUCACUGCAACUCAAGUAGCAAAAAUUAGCUUUUUCUUUUGCUUCGUGUGGUUCUUGGCAAAUUUCUCUUAUCAAGAAGCUCUGUCAGAUACUCAAGUUGCUAUAGUUAAUAUCUUGUCUUCAACUUCUGGGCUUUUUACUUUAAUCUUAGCUGCAGUCUUUCCCAGUAACAGUGGAGAUAGGUUUACCCUGUCCAAAUUAUUAGCUGUUAUUUUAAGCAUUGGUGGUGUGGUACUUGUUAACCUUUCUGGAUCUGAGAAGUCUGCUGGAAAAGAUACACUAGGUUCCCUUUGGUCUCUUGUAGGAGCAAUGCUGUAUGCUGUGUACAUAGUAAUGAUCAAAAGGAAAGUAGAUAGAGAAGAUAAACUUGACAUACCAAUGUUCUUUGGUUUUGUAGGGCUGUUUAACCUGUUGCUGCUGUGGCCAGGGUUUUUCCUGCUUCACUAUACUGGGUUUGAAGCGUUUGAGUUUCCCAAUAAGCUGAUAUGGAUGUGCAUUGUCAUUAAUGGCCUUAUCGGAACAGUUCUGUCAGAGUUCCUCUGGCUGUGGGGAUGCUUUCUUACCUCAUCACUGAUAGGCACACUUGCGCUAAGCCUUACAAUACCUCUGUCCAUAAUAGCUGACAUGUGCAUGCAAAAGGUGCAGUUUUCCUGGUUAUUUUUUGCAGGGGCAGUACCUGUAUUUUUCUCUUUUUUCAUUGCAACUCUCUUAUGUCACUAUAACAACUGGGAUCCAGUGAUGGUGGGGAUCAGAAGAAUUUUUGCCUUUAUUUGUAGAAAACAUCGAAUUCAGAGAAUGCCAGAAGAAAAUGAGCAGUGUGAAAGUCUCAUUCCUAUGCAUAGUGUUUCACAAGAUGGAGACAGUUGCUGUUCAUAGACAAAAGUUUAAAAAUGGAAUGAUGCCCAGCGAAGAGACAAUCUUCUGGAAAAGUCCUAAGGAAUCAUGUUUCAGUGCCUAUUCCGAAUUUGUAGUAAAAAUAAGAAGUUUCAGUUCUUUUGAAACUCUAAACUUUUCCUCUAUCUUGCUUUCAUCUGGUUUUAUAAAUGAACAAAUUUACUACAUGCCUAUCACCAUAGGGAGUCUUAGUCCAUCUGAGCAACCAACCUGCCUUAUAACACUGAGCUGGUGAAGUUACUUGACAAAAUCAAGAAAACAAAUGCUGUUAAAUGAUUCCUUUCUCUUUUUAACUCACAAUUUUGUUAAAUGCUGGACAAUAUUAUUUUUAAAAAAUACUUUCAAAUGAGUUAUGUAAAUAAGUUCGCAGGUCAUGAAGUCUUACAGGCUUUCAGAUGAAAAGCUAAAUAGAUAUGUUACCUGUAGUAGGUACAAAUUAACUUUUUUAUGUUGUAUAAACUAUUUGCAUAUUAAUAGAAGAAAAUAGAAAAAUAAUUUAUUAAGUGCAUUCUUGUAAUUAUUGAGGCAGGAUCUUUGUAGGGUCCUGGAACACUACAUAUAUAUUGUCUGAUGCCAUUUUGAGAAGCCUUGUAAUGGCAAUGGGUGCCGAUGUUUAAAAAUCUUUUGUUACCUAACAAUCUGGAGUGUUUAAAGUUUUAGUGAAUGGUAAAAUGUUUCUAAUUACAGUACAUUUGGGUGUCCUGUCUCAAGAUCAGUGUUUGUUUUAAACAGACUGAUUCUGUAACCCAUUCUUAUUCCCAUUUAUCUUACAUAAAAACUAAAUUUGAAGAUUUUGACAUGUAUAGCUGCCAAGUUAUGAAAGAGAUCAAAUUAAUUGUGGAACUUUUCAGUCAAUGGGUUGGCACUACAGUAAUCUGCUAAACAAUCUGAAAAAGAUAAAGGUGUUUGCAUUGAUUUUUUUUUUCAGUGGCAUUAAUAAAUUUAUUAUAAAAGUGAUCAUUUUCCUUAACUUGUAUCUUCCUUCCACUGCAGUGCUUCUGUCCUAUUUGAUUCUGAAAAGUUAUAAAUAAUUAUAUUCAGGAAUAUUUGAAAUUAGUCAGUGCCAUUUUCCAACUUCUGGCCUGUAUGACACUUCAAUUAAAGUUAACUUUGGCUUUUGAUGGAUUUUAUUUUUUAUAAUGAAUGAAGGAUGGAUUUUCAGCCAACAGUAUUCUCUUCCACAUAAUGAGAUUAUUAGUAGCAUACUUCCACCAUCCUUCCACACAAAUACAGGAGGAGGACAUAACACAAACGCAUUUUCAUGUUUUGACGCUCAGUAAUGAUACUUCCAAAAGAAAUUUUGGUGUUUUGGUGAUUCAACUACUAGGCGAGAGGGAAUGCAGGAAAGCAACAUGGGCAGCUAUACAUUUAGAAGGAUUGAUUAGCCAGCAGCUACAAUUUAAUGUAAAAACCUGUAAGUAGAAAAGGGAGAGGGGAAAAAAAACAAAACAAAACAAAAAACCUGGGGGCUAUUCUGGUCAAAUAUUGUACCUUUAUCAAAUUUUUCCUUCCAAUUUUUAGUAUUGGAUUGCAAGUUUCAGUGAUCUGAGACAUCUCCUCAAGAUGAGGUAGCAAGUGCUUCUUUGGACGCCUGAAAUAGGAAUGAAAAAGAUCCAAAGAGCAAAACCACAAACCCCAAAGAAGUUUAUUAAAUUUAUGUAGGCAUUUUGAGAAACUUCCCAUUUCAAUUCCCAAACACCAUAAGUAGAGGGGAUAAAAUGCAGUACGUAUGACUAAUUUUACAUUUGACUUUGGUAGAAUUUUCAGAGAUUUUUUGGUAAGUGGAAUUUCCUUAGCUUUUUUUUAAGGAUUUUUUUUUCUUAUAAAUUAGUACAAAUUAGAGAAUAUUAGCUUCAGCUUUUUUCCAAGAAGUAAUGUUAAGAUCUACUGGCAAUAAAAAGCUAAUGUCUGCUUUCAAUUAAUAAUUCAAUGAGAUCAUACUGAAUAUAUAAUACCAGACAUAAACUACAAAUUUAAAUCAGCUGGGACUUGGUAUCAACAAACUAAGCCUGGGAAAACUGAAUUUGCUUUCAGAUGGGCAAUUACAGUAUUUUUAGCAAAAUAUUCUAAUACUGUCUUUUGAAAUUGGUCAUACUGAUAGAAUUGGAGCUGUAAUGUAUAAUGGGCAAUUGCUAUUCAUAUUUGUCCUUACGUUCGUGGCUUGAAGUGAAAGAUUAUCAUAGUCUCCUAAGUACCAGGAGAAUAUUCUUCUGUCUCUGACCCCAGGAAUGUUGAAUAAUGUUUCUAUUCAGUAAACUCAAAGUUAGGGCCUUCCCACUGGUUUUCUUUUUAACAAAAAUGUGUUAAUCUUUUUUGUUUGUUUUUUAAAAGAUAUUAAAUACUUUAAUCUCAUGGCACUAGGUAGCUCGAGUGGUCUUUUUGCAUGAAAUUACAGUUAUGAACGAAUAAGAAACAAAGCAAACUGUCCUUCCUGAAAGGAUUUUUAAACAGUGGUGCCCCUGUAGUUAAAAGAAAUGUGUGAACAGUUUUAAUUACGGAAGCUAUGACGUGUAACAUUGUUCCUGCAUUUAAUAGAAUGUGAUGAGGCUUUUUUCUAUAGAAUCCUGUGAUUUUUAGUACAAUAAUAUUUUAUAAAUAUAAUGUCUAAUUUGAAAUGUAAAUUGCUUAGCUCUCUAAUGGGUGCUUGAUAAAUGCACAAGAGAUUUAGCUUUGAUUCUCAGGUACCUCUGAUGUAAUGGAGACAUGCUGGGUUUUUCUUCCUCAUGACACAACUGGAAUGUGAAGGAGCUCUCUCGUAAAUGCUUUAGCUCUGUGUGCUAGCAUAAACUGUCAUUGCUGUUACUGUUUCAAUUUGGAAAUGUCUUUAUUCUGACUUAUUUCUUGUAGGAAGCACGUACACUUUAAAAAAAAAAAAGGAAUUUUUAUCUUAAGCAUUUCUUUGAAUGUCAUUAGAUGCUUAAGGAACAGUGAUUUCCCAUGCCUACAAAAUGGAAAAUGAAUACUACAUGUGUCGCUCUGUCAAACAGUUGAACUAAUUCCUGUAAUCCUGUGAGACAACCAACAAUUUCUUCUGUGUGUGAUGAGGUUUUGAAGCUUUUUAGGUUUUAUAUAUGGAGGAAAUUAUGAUAAUUUGCCAGAUGCUAUGUAGCUUGCCUUUGCUUUUAAGGUUUUGGUGUGCUCGUAGGGUUUUGGUGAGUCUUGCGUAGUUUGAUGUACUAUGUACUGCACUACAGAACAAAGGGGGGAAAAAGGAUUUGAGUUUUUCUGGCUACUUUCUGUUAGGUUUCAGACAUGCUGAAAAUGUGUUUGCUUUGAGGGGUUGCUGUAGGUGCAAAAUUAGUUCAGCAAAGGACUAAAGUACAUGCGACGUCGGUACUCAACAACUACUUAGUAUGGGACACAUGAAUGCCACUGAAGACGCUGCGAGCCCCAUGUUUCUGUUGCCCAGUGUGCACUGCAUCUUGCUUGUUGGUUUUUUGCCUGUGGAGAUCCAUGUAGGGGAGUGGAGGCUGUACGACAUGACUGAUUUGGUUUGUCACGAAGUGGGGCUGGAGUGGACUGCACACUGACACUCAGAAGCAGGGAGGCUACGGCACUGGCACUGCCUGGGUAUCUCACUGCGGUUUUGCAAAUGCUGAAGUAUUUUGCAGAAACGCAGUGUUAAGCAGUGGUAUUCAAAUGACAAACGAUGGUGCUGCGUGCGAUACUUGACUCAAUAUGCUGGUAUAUGCAUUGCGUACCUCCUUGUAAUGUACUGGCAAAAAUGGGAGAGUCUGCAAAUUACUUAUCUUGGUAUGUGCUGUUGUAAUUGUCAUUCUCUCUCAUGAUCCCCAUUGUGCCCAGGUACUGCUAUUCACAUCUGUGAUUGCUUUAAAUAAGGUGGUAAAAUGAUUUCUUUGUAAUUCUUGGUUCUAUCUCUCUGUGUUGUAUGUUAUCAUUCCUGUUCCUUACUAAAAGAUCCUUCUAUCUUAGCUUAGUUUAGCUCAGUAACUUAAAUUCCCUAUCAGAGGAGGGGGGGAACCCAGUUAAAUUUUAGACACAGGGUGAGUUUAUGGACACACUUUCAAAUUUCAUAUGAAAAUAGGCAUCAGUAAGGCAGAGCGUUUGUAUGUUUAUAAAUGAAGUUAAGAAGUGGCAUACUCAAAAAUCAAGAAAUAAAAAAUAAUGUUAAUAUCACACUGAGUUAUGUGGCUAACUAUAGUAUGGUACUUUUAAUCAGGUUUCUUUAUUUGGGAUAAGUUUUUAGUUGGUUACCGUUUCUGUUAUGCAGUCAGAUGAAAUGUCUGCAAUUCCAUAGUUAUAAGUGCAGUAGCAUUUAAGUGUUGGUUCAUAAGAAGUUGUUAUGCAUGCUUUUUAUUUUUUUUCCUAUCUAAUCCAGGAUUGCAUUAAUGGUGUAUUUUGUUUUACAUGGUUAUUGCAGGGCAUGAUUUCUCAGGGAAAUAUGGAUGAUACCAUGCGUUGUGAGAGCUGGUAACUAAUUCCUGCUUUUAAAACUGUUACAAAUAUUUUCAGGUUUCACUCAAACAUUUCACAUCACCUGACUUUUGUGUUGAAAUUCCUUAGGCUUAUUAAGUAAAUCAUGAUGAGAAUGUUAAGAGUGUUUAAAGGUGUGAAUAAAAUACACUCUACCUAACA